CUCUUUUUAUUCCUUCCUUCUGUAGCUCAGCUUUUGCUCAGCUCUCUUUAGCACUCUUUGAAUUAGGCACAAUGAGUAGGCAAUUCAGUUCUAGAUCUGGGGGAGGGAUUAGGACUUCCCGGGGAUAUACCUCUUCCACUACUGUCAUUCCCAGUGGAACCAAAGCUAGUUUCAGCUCAGUUUCAUUAUCCCGUGGUGUGAAGGGAAGUGCAGGAUUGGGUGGGGGCUUUGGUAGUAGAAGCCUCUACAAUCUCGGGGGUGGCAAACGGACCUCUUUAGGAAUCAGCCAUAGCAGCAUUGGAGGAGGCUUUGGGAUUGGCCUAGGAUAUGGUGGUGGCGGCGGUGGUGGUGGAGGAGGAUUUGGUAGUGGCUAUGCAUAUGGAGCUGGAGGUUUUGGUUUAGGAGUAGGAGUAGGAGGCUAUGAUGGUGGACUAAGAAUGGGGCCCAUGGUUCCUCCUGGGGGCAUCCAGAAAGUGACUGUCAAUCCCAACCUCCUAUCACCACUGCACUUGGAGAUUGAUCCUGACAUUCAAAAAGUGCGGCAACAGGAAAGGGAACAGAUCAAGACCCUCAACAACAAGUUUGCAUCCUUCAUUGACAAGGUACGGUUUCUUGAGCAACAGAACAAAGUGCUAGAAACAAAAUGGAAUCUUCUGCAACAACAGGGCAGUUCAGCUCCAAAGUUCAACAUAGAUUUAUUAUUCGAAACUUACAUUUGUAACCUCAAAAAGAACGUGGAUCAGUUAACGAGCGAUCGGGCAAAGCUUGAUGGAGAGCUAAGAAAUGUACAGGAUCUUGUGGAAGACUACAGAAGGAAAUAUGAAGAUGAAAUUAACCAACGCACCGCUGCUGAAAAUGACUUUGUUGGUAUCAAAAAGGAUGUUGAUGUUUCAUUCAUGCAAAAAAUAGACCUGCAAGCAAAGACUGAUAGGCUGACAGAUGAGAUCAACUUCCUGAGGACCCUCUUUGAGGCUGAACUGAUUCAAAUCCGAGGACAAAUUAGUGACACCAACGUUGUUUUGCAAAUGGACAACAACCGAGAUCUGGACCUCAGAAGUAUCAUUGCUGAAGUGAAAGCACAGUAUGAAGACAUUGCCAACAGGAGCCGGGCUGAGGCAGAAGCAUGGUAUCAAGGCAAGUUUCAGGAACUUCAGAACACAGCUGUUGGUCAUGGGGAUGACCUCAAAGAUAUGAAGAAUCAGAUUGCGGAACUGACUCGGCAUAUUCAGAGACUAAAAGCAGAAAUUGACAAUAUGAAGAAAGUGAAUGAAGGUCUUCAAAAAGCAAUUGCUGAUGCUGAACAGCGUGGGGAGUUGGCCCUGAAAGAUGCCCGCGUGAAAUUGAGCGACCUGCAACUGGCUCUGCAAAAUUCGAAGGAUGAGCUGGCACGUCUCCUGCGUGAUUAUCAGGAGCUGUUGAAUACCAAGCUGUCUCUGGAUAUUGAGAUUGCUACAUACCGCACGCUGCUAGAAGGCGAAGAAUGCAGGAUAUCUGGAGAACUCACUGCCCCUGUCAGCAUGUCGGUGAUCAGCAGCUCAUCUACCAUGAGUGGAGGCAGUCGUGGAGGAUUUGGCCUGGGGGUUGGGGGAGGAGGGGGAGGCAGUGGUGCCGGAGGCAGCCUGGGCCUGACAGUGGGAGGAGUUGGUGCUGGCGGCUAUGGUAUAAGCACUGGAGGGAGCAGUUAUAGCACUGGAAGCUAUGGUGGGGGAAUAGGGGUUGGAGGUGGAGGAGGCUCUUCCAGCAUGAAAUAUGUCUCAACCACAACCUCAUCGUCCAGCCGAAAAAUGGUCAGAUAAAAAAUAAAUAACAUGUUGACAAUUGAUUCUGAAAAAAAAAAAUGCUCCUAAUCGCCAGCAUCAGCACAAGUCCCCAAGCUAGUCAUCCUUCUUCUUUUUACCCCCUGAGAAGUUUAAUAUGAACAGGCAUUGUCCCUUGUCUCCUGAAUGGACACCUCUGAGCAGGUGUUGGCCAUUCAUGAGAAAUGGCUCAUAUCACCCCCUUCGCCAGGCAGUGUUGAUGUUACAAGUCUCUUUCCCAACCAACGUGACUUGUGGCUGUCGAGGCGUCUCUGAUUUUUCCUCUCUCUGUUAUUGCAAUUCUGCCUUCAGUAAAGAAGUACCACAUUUCGUACAGGCUGAAUGAAUUAAAACACCCCUCCCACGUUGGACAAAAUUGAUGAUUUCCUCCCCUACUUUCUUUCAAAAGGAUGACAAUGCCCUUCUGUGAUAGGAAUUCAGACAAGUUAACAGAGUUGGAAAGGACCUUGUAGGUCAUCUAGUCCAGCUCCCCUCCUCCACCACCUCAUGAAUUGGCAAGCAAGUUUUAAAUCAGCAAAUCUGGAAUUUGGUGAAGGCUGAUUUUAGUCAAAAGCAAACAAACCAAAAAGCCAAGCCCAAGCCUUC